AUGUCUGAAUCAAUUGAAUAAAUUGAACUGAAUUUUAGAACAAAGGCAAUUCUAACCCCAAAAUUGAUUAACUCAGAGUAAAAAUUAAUAGCUAAAGUAAUUUAUGAAGAGUUAUUCUUAUUUUUUGAUGCUGAAAAAAAAGUUAAAGGAUAACAUCUAAGGAAACCAUGUGACUUUGAAAAAAACUAAUUAUAUCAUUUUCCAACUCUUAAUGGUAUAACCCUUGAAGAAUUAAUAAUUAAUAAAACAGCCUUAUCAAUAGAAGAAAUAACAGACAUAUUCAAGUAACUUUUAAUAGGAUUACAUGAAUUGCAUUAACAAGGGUUUUUAGGUCGAUGUUUUACAAUUUAAAAUGUUUAUAUUGAAUAAAAUCAAAUAAAACUUUCAGCUUUUGGAUUUUAUCCUAAUCUUUAGCUAACACCACCUGAAUUUCUCUAAAAUUAAUCUUAUUCAUUAGGAAUAGAUAUUUGGUUGUUGGGAUGUCUGCUUUAUUAAUUAUUAACGUCCAAUAUUAUACAAAACUUUAAAACCUUUGAAGAUUAUAACAAUUUUUAUACUUAAUUGAAUAAGAAAGUCUUACAAAAAGAAUUUGCAUCUAUUCUUGUAAAAAUGUUAAAUCCAAACGAAUAAAAACGAAUAACUUUUGGAGAUCUUCAUUCCAUCUUUAAAUGUAUCCCUCAAAAUGAUCAUAUUCGUGAAUUUUAUCGUACUUAAUUAAGUCUUGUUCACAUUACCAUUUCAAUUAAAUAACGAGAAAGUUUUAAUCCUGAAUGGGCAGUUGUAAUUAUUUUACUUCAAUUAUUAUAGCCUAAAGAAUUCAAUGAAAAAACUAAAAUUAAAAUAUUCACAACUAAAUAUUAAAAGUAAAAUGAACAUUUUAUAGGAUAGGAUUCAGAUCCAAAUUUUAUGUCAUUAUAUAAUAAAUCUGAUGAAGUAUUAUAUCUAUUUAUUUUUAAGGAAAAAAAUCAAUUUUCUUUAAUAUGGAGGGAGUUACAUUUCUAUUAUUACAAAUUCUUUAUUUUAGAAAAUUAAAUGCAUUAUUUAUAAUGUAUUAUUUAAUUCCCUCAUGUUGUAUGGACAAGAUUUUGCAUUUUAAAUAUGACAAUAAUUCUAAAGCGUGAAUUCCUUAUACUUAUAUAAGAAAAAAUAAACUUUCUUAAAGUUACAGAAAAUGAAUGGAAUUCAUUUCUUAAGAAUUCUAAAUAACUUUAAAAGCACAUAUUUGAAUUACAAGCUUAGAUUUCUUAAUAAAUUAUAAAAUUAGAAAAUCAAACGUUAGAAAUUGAUUGUAAAUAAUUUGAUAUGAUUACAGAAGAAAAAUAAUUGUUAUUACAAUUAAAGAUGGAAGGUGGAUUUAAAAACGUAAUUUUAUAAUAUUAUUAAAGACUUCCUAAUUAAAUAGGUUCGAAUAAUUUAAAGUUCCAUAUAGAAGAUGUUUAUAACAUUGCUAUUAUGAAUUAGAAAAAAUUUUAGAAGAUUAAUAAGAAUUAGAAGAUUAAAAAUUUUAUGCUAGAUUAAGGUUGUAACUUAUCAUAUGUAUGACAAUAAAUAGAGUUUUUGAUAUGAAAUUCGAUAACAAUAAAUAACAUAGGGAUAUUAAUUUUUAAGAACUCAAAAAAACUCUAAAAAUUUCUUAAUUAACAUGCCCAUCUUAAGUUCACCAUUUUUUAUUAAAUGCCUCUCUCGAUCAAUUAAAACAAUAAACAUACGAUAUUCAUAAACUAUUUUUUAAUAAUGUCCCUUUCAUGAAUUUUAGAAACUAAUCGUGA